AUGGCGUCCCCCCGCGUCCCCAUCGAGGUUAUCGAGCACAUCAUUGAUGAACUCGGUGCGACUGAACACUCGACCGCGGCCCUCGCUCGUUGCAUCCGGGUACACAAGUCAUGGAUCACCCGGACUCGCAUCCAUCUCUGGCGCACGCUCACGGUGUCUAGCAGCGAGCAACUCCCCAUCAUCCGCGCCACGUUCGACCGGAACCCCACUCUGCGACUCCUGGUCGAAGUUGUCCGGCUGAAGCCCGAUCGCUCUGUGGAGCACUUUGCGCGAGGCCGCCCGCGUCCCUUCCCUUUCACUGCCCCGAUUGUCCUCCUCCCAUACCUUACACACAUCCAGGCUUGGGAGUUUCUCGCCCAUGGAAUGACGCCUUUUCCACUCGUGCAAGCAACGUUGACUUCCCUGUGUCAGUAUCGGGAUGUGAAGCGGGUGAUCAUUUGGGGUGUAAAAUUCAAGAACAUGUUCCAUCUCUACCCCCUCAUGCUGACAGCAUUAAUGCAGCCACCGUGGGUCACGGUGCCGAUAAUCCCUGCUGCGGCAACCACGCUACUAGUCAAGAACGCUGCGACGCUUGUGGACAUCGAGCUAGAAGGCUAUCGGCUUGGGGGCUUGGACCUCACGUUAUUUCAAACUCUUGAAUCGCUCUCAGUCUGGAUGCAACGCCCGGUGCUUCGCGAUACCCUGGCAAGCAUUGCGCAUGGUGGGAUCCACACAUCGGAACUCACGAUUUGGGAUACCGAGCCGGGCCUCCCAGUGCUCAGCGAGUGGUUCAAAACAAGCGACCGCCCCGACAGUGACCUGUCCCAUUGCGUUGCAUUUUCCCCCGACGAGGCGCAAUUUGCGCAUGCUUCCUCCACAACCGUCCACAUGUACUCUCUCCCCCUUGCGACUAGCUCUUCAACAUCAAGCAAGAUCCCCCAGAGAAUCGGGCACCUUCCGCUGGAUGCUAAAGACUCGCAUUUUAUUGGGGUUCUCUGGUCGCUGGACGGCACGCAGAUAUUUGUUCAAGACGCCUUUGCUCAGGUGCAUGUCUGCGAUGCUUUGAGCUUCGCGCAUCUCCGCUCGCUCCUCGUGCCGUCUUCCGAACUGGCCGGGAUUCAGCGCGAGAGACUCGUAUCAGGACAAUAUCCUGCUUUGUUUACAGUCGGCGACCAUGUUCUUUCAACUUUACGGUAUACGCUUCCAGAUGGUACGCUGCCAAAGACCUACGACUUUGUUUGGGAUUCGAGCACCGGGAUCUGCCGUUACAACUCGACCGACAUCCAGAGCUCUAUCAUGAUCAUCAGCAACAAAGCCUUACGUAUCGGAGGAACACAAGGAGAAGAACAGUUGCAUAUAAUAUCGGUAUGCAAGAAUGAAAUUAUGCGCACAUCGAAGGUCACAUCAACGACGGUUGAGGACACCCCCGUCGUCACGCAGGUUUUUCCGCCGUUAGACAGCCCAGUUUCCUUAUCCCGACGAGUCCCUGAGUCAUCGCCCUUCGCCGCCGACGGUGCUCGUGUUCUAGUGCUGCCGGAUCCUGGGACGUGGUCGGUGGUGGACACGAUGACCGGGUCCACGCUUUUCCGUCUCGAUCAUGCCUCAGCUACAGAUAUCAGUGGCAUGAGGUGGUCCGCGGAUGGACGGACGGCAAUAUUCGUGCCAGCCCCGAUAGAAGACAAGCCCCCCGUUAUCUACUGGAUCUGGAACAUCGAAGAAGGUACCACAAAGGCCGUCUUUCGGUGGCCAAACAACAUUGGGCGUGGCGCGCACGAGAUUUCGGCGGACGGGUCGAUGGUCGGAUUCUCAAAUGAUCGGGGAGAUGUAGUUUUCCGCCGUGUCAGCGACCUCAUGGCCUCUGCUUUGGACCCUUAG